AGAUUACAUAUAGACAGGUAUGGUGGAGUUAAAUAAAAUGACAAUAGAGAAGUUGUCAACUCUGACGGGUAAGAUUCUAACAGAUGUGAGUUACACGAAUGAGAUAUCCACAGUACUGGACCUGGUCACCGAGGAGCAGAACUCUGAGAUUCUCACCUUGGCUGCCAUCUCAUCUCUUAAAAAGAUAUACGAUAAGUUGCUGACAAACUCGUGGAUGUUCGACGUAAAAGGAGACACAAAAGAAACAGAAGAGAAAGAAGUAUCCGAGUACAGAGACUGGAUGAGAGACACUUACAACGAGGUGUUCUGUGCUAUCUGCUCUAAAAUAAACUCACUAUCUCCUGAAAUACUGGAGUCAGCCUACGCCACUUCUCUCUCCUUUCUAAGUGCUGAGACUGUGUUUGUGAAGCUGUCACGUGACAGAGCCGGUGUGUUUAUUGAGCACAUUCUUAUCUCCAAACAGUCAGAGUUAGUAACACGGCUCUCGAAUGAGGUGUCUGAUUUAGAUUGGAAGUAUGCUACUUUAAGAGGGAUUGAGAGAUUUUCAAAGAAACAUUCUGCAGAAACUCAUGUAGACAUGUCUCCGUUUGUUUAUCAGUUGUUGUCCUCAGUUGAUAUCUCAGAAUUCACAUCAUCUGAGCACACGGAAAAGAAACGUAAAACAGAUGCUUCUAAAACAAUAUUCCACAUUUGUAAAGCUUAUAAUUCCACUUGGAUCCAGUUUCUAAAGAUGCCCAAAUCCAAGGAGUUGUAUCACACAAUCCUCUCCAGUCUUCACGAGAAAGUGAUACCUCACAUGCAGAAUCCCAAACUUCUUAUCGACUUCCUGGUGGACUCGUACGAUCUGGGAGGUACAACUAGUCUGCUCGCUCUCAACAGUCUGUUUAUCUUGAUAACAGAGUAUAAUCUAGACUACCCUUCCUUCUAUCCAAAACUCUACAGAAUGCUGACAGCUGACUUGCUCCACGCCCCCUAUGUCACCAGGUUCAUCUCAAUGUUGGACACAUUCCUAAAGUCACCCCUCCUCCCCGCGUACUUGGUCGCAGCGUUCGCUAAACGUCUCGCGCACAACUCCCUACAAGCGCCUCCCCACGUGAUAGUUAUAGUGGUGAGGGUAAUAACUAACCUGAUUAAGCUACACCCCAGUGUUAAGAGACUGGUACACAGGGGACCUGACCACGCUGCUGUAAGAGAGGACCCCUUCCUUCCUGCUGAACAGGACCCUGCGCAGUGCAACGCUCUGCAGUCAUCACUCUGGGAGUUAGAGGUGCUGGCUGAACAUUACUGUCCGGGUAUUGCUACUACUGUUAAAACUCUGAGGAAACCUACUGAUGAGAUUUUAGUGGGGUUAGGUUUGGAGAAGGGGUAUGAUGGCUUGUUUAAGGAGUAUUUGAAGAUGUGGAGUAAGGAUCCUCCUUUAGAGUUUACUGAACCACUUACUUUUAACCAAUCAGAAUAUGCUGACAUCUUUACUUUUUAAUUUAGAUUUAUAGGGUUGAAUUACUUAUUAUUAACUUAUUGAACUUUAUCUCUGUUUUUAAAUUAUUGACGGUCUGCAUCGAUAUUUUUUAGAAUAUUCUAAAAUUCUAACCACAAA